UGUAUUUAUUUUUAGAGAGAGAAAGAGAGAGGGGAACAGAAAGAUAACCUCAUCGACCGCCUUGUCUGAAAAUUUUGUUUAAACAGAAGCUCUCGUCUGGAGAGAGUGUGAUAACGCUUCAAAAUAAAAAAGAGACUUUGUCUUUUGUUUCUUUGCAUUCAAUUCCUCCUCCUCCUUCUUCCUCUCUCUCUCUCUCUCUCUCUCUCUUCUCGCCUACAGAUUAUAACCGACUCUUGAUUACAGAGGCCGAAAGGGAGGAGAAAAUGAUAUUCAAAAGGGGUGAGAGAGAGGGAGGGAUUAGCUCUCUUCGCCAUUAAUGGGUUUCUCUCAGGAAACUUUAUCGUCACGGGGUCUUGGCGAUGGAGAAAGAUGAUGUUACUGAGUUAGAGAGAGACAGCUAGCCGCAGAAAGAGCUCAGCUCGCACCCGAAAAGGAGCAAGUCCCUAUACUUUUCUUGGCCAUGGAUGCCAAUAAAGCCAUCAUCACCGGCCAGCACGCAAGUCAACUGGAGUAUCCGCACCAGCAUCAGCAGCACCACAUACAGGAUCACCGCCAUCACCACUAUCCUCAUCAUCAGCAGCAGCAGCAGCAGCAAGUACCUCACGGGAUGAUGCAAUCAUCACCCUCGUCCUCCAUCACCGUGAUUAAUUGCUUAAGCAAGGACGGGGGUGGAGGAGGAGGAGGAGCUUAUGACUUGGGCGAGCUGGAUCAAGCCCUUUUUCUCUAUCUCGAUGGGCAUGACCCCCAAAAUGUUCAAGAUCAAAAACAGAAUUCUGGGAUGAGACCUCCAACUCUCAACAUUUUCCCAUCUCAGCCGAUGCACGUCGACCCAUUGCCAAAGGUUAGCAUGGGACUGGCCUUGCCGCAGGCAAGCGGUUCGAAGAGGCCGCCGGAGCCAUCCAUGGAGUUAGCCAACGCAAGAACCGAAGUUGCAUCUGCUCCUACUGAACCACCUAAAACCAAGCGUGAAGGGAACCGCAAAGGCGCGUCGUCCGCUUCUGAGCAACAAGAAGGUCCUAGAACUCCUGACCCUAAGACCUUGAGAAGGCUCGCGCAGAAUAGAGAGGCAGCGAGGAAGAGCAGGCUGAGGAAGAAGGCGUACAUUCAGCAACUGGAGUCAAGUAGGAUGAAGCUCUCACAGCUGGAACAAGAACUGCAAAGAGCACGAUCUCAAGGCAUAUAUGUCGGAGGAGGAGCAGUAGUAGGAGAACAAGGCCUCCCCGUGGGCAUUAGCAACAUCAGCACCGAUGCUGCGGUGUUCGACAUGGAGUAUACGAGGUGGCUCGAGGAACACCAUCGUCUCAUGUGCGAGCUCCGAGCGGCGGUGCAGGAGCAUCUGCCGGAGAACGAGCUGCGGCUGUUCGUGGACAACACGCUGGCUCACUACAACGAGAUGAUGAACCUCAAGAGCAUGGUGGCAAAAUCGGACGUGUUUCAUCUCGUCUCGGGAAUGUGGAGGACCCCGGCUGAGCGGUGCUUCAUGUGGAUGGGCGAUUUCCGUCCUUCCGAGCUCAUCAAGGUUGUACUAAACCACAUCGAGCCCUUGACGGAGCAACAGAUUCUAGGGAUAUGCGGGUUGCAACAGUCGACGCAGGGGGCCGAGGAGGCUCUGUCGCAAGGGCUUGAAGCCCUCAACCACUCGCUUUCGGAGACCAUCGCUUCCGAUUCACUGAUCUCUCCUCCUAACAUGGCCAACUACAUGGGCCAGAUGGCCGUCGCCAUGAACAAGCUCUCUACCCUCGAAGGUUUUGUCAGACAGGCAGAUAACUUGAGGCACCAGACACUUCACCGGAUGCUUCAAAUUCUUACAACUCGCCAAGCCGCAAGGUGUUUGAUCGCGAUCUCUGAGUACUUCUAUCGCCUCCGAGCUCUCAGCUCCCUAUGGUUGUCACGUCCGCGGCAAGAAUGAUGAAGACCUUUCACUGCCAUAUUUUAGUAGAGUCCCCUUUUUUUCUCUCAUGCCACCAACCUCACCAAGUUAUGCCUAGUCAGUAGUUACAACGAUGUUUAAAUACUUCCAUUUGCGAAAUAGAUGUAUACAUAGAAGGUAGAUAAAUAGAUUUGACUCCAUGGAAAGGGAAAUCAGCUUCAUCCUCUGCAUUUGCACUAUCGCUACUUGAGGAAGGAAAUUUGAUGUGGCAAUGAUUUCGCUGCCAUUGCUGACUAAAAGUGAAAAAUCUAAUAGAAAGGAGGUAGAAAUUAUAGGACAUUGGUGGUUGUAGAAGAAAUUGAAUUUUGGCUAAUUUUCUCGUUGCUUUGUCUGUUCUA